AUGGAGGUAACAGAUCGCAUUGCCUCUCUGGAGCAACGUGUCCAGAUGCAGGAAGAUGACAUCCAGCUGCUCAAAUCUGCCCUUGCUGAUGUGGUUCGACGCUUGAAUAUUACAGAGGAACAGCAGGCCAUGCAGAACAAGAAAGGACCUACCAAAGAUCAGAGUAUGAUUAAAAAAGCUGCUGCUGAGGCUGAUAAACAUGUCAGUCCUGCCACCACAGCAAGACCGCUGGUACAAACCCUGCCUUUAAGGACUACUGUUAAUAAUGGAACUGUGUUACCAAAGAAACCAAGUGGCUCUUUACCUUCCCCAUCAGGAACCAGAAAGGAGACUGUAUCACCAGCAGCAAAAAGGUCUGUGAAUCUUCUCAAUGCAUGCAAACUGAAAAAGCCUGCUCUAAGCACCGUUAAGAGAACCAGUUCAGCUGAGCGUGUGUCCCCAGGCGGUCGGAGGGAAAGCUAUGGAGAUUCCAAAGGGAGUCGCAACCGCACUGGAUCCACCAGCAGUUCAUCUAGUGGUAAAAAGAACAGUGAAAGCAAACCGAAGGAACCAAUGUUCAGUGCAGGGAAGCGCCGUGUGACGCACUGCAAAGAGGAAGGAUACGUAAAAAUGUUUCUUCGUGGACGUCCUGUUACCAUGUACAUGCCCAAAGAGCAAGUGGAAUCUUACAAUUUGGAAGCAAAAGUAGAACUACCAGCCAAGAGGCUUAAACUGGAAUGGGUCUAUGGAUAUAGGGGUCGGGACUGUCGCAGUAAUCUCUAUCUUCUUCCAACGGGCGAAACUGUAUAUUUCAUCGCAUCCGUAGUUGUAUUAUUCAAUGUUGAAGAGCAACUUCAGAGACAUUACACUGGUCAUAAUGAUGAUGUGAAGUGCCUGGCUGUCCAUCCUGAUAGGAUCACUAUAGCAACAGGUCAAGUUGCAGGGACAUCCAAGGAUGGAAAACAAUUGCCACCACAUGUGCGUGUCUGGGAUUCUGUAACUCUGAAUACACUGCAUGUCAUCGGAAUGGGUUUUUUUGAUCGAGCUGUCACUUGCAUUGCUUUUUCUAAAUCUAAUGGAGGAAGUAGCCUGUGCUCUGUGGAUGACUCAAACGACCACGUGCUUUCUGUGUGGGACUGGCAGAAAGAAGAAAAGCUGGCAGAUGUCAAGUGCUCUAAUGAGGCUGUAUUUGCUGCAGAUUUUCACCCUACUGAUACAAAUAUAAUAGUUACUUGUGGAAAAUCACACCUUUAUUUUUGGACACUAGAAGGGAAUUCCCUUGUUAAAAAGCAAGGAUUAUUUGAGAAACAAGAGAAGCCAAAGUUUGUCCUGUGUGUGACCUUUUCUGAAAAUGGUGAUACUAUUACAGGAGACUCAAGCGGAAACAUUUUGGUUUGGGGGAAAG